AUGCUUAAGGAAGAUUAUGGUUACCCAGAUACUCUUGACUUUAGUGACAGAUAUAAAGAAGCUAUUAGAAAGUUCAAGGAAGGAAAUACUGACCCGAACCUAUUUAGCUUUAUGGCUCAGCACCAAAUGGGAUAUAAUUUCAAACCUGGAAAAUACAAACUCGCUAAGGAAUAUGAUUUAAUAGCAUAUCAUCCAAAUGACAUGACUGAAUUUACUCCGAGAUAUUUGGUGUCAGAGCUAAAUGAUAUUUCAACUCUCUUCAUGAAACGCGUAAAAAAUAGAGACGGAACGAAAGAAGAAAGGUUUAUGAGUCCGGAUGACUUAGAUAGGGAACUUGUUAAAAACGGUCUCGGAAUAUAUGAAAUGCCAGCAGAUGAGGUACAAGAAACUCCACAGGAAGAAGUUCAGAUACAACCAGACAUGGAAGAAAUAGUUCAGCAACAACAGCUAGAAGAGCCUGAAGGAAACGAACAAGUCCCUCCUUUGGAAACUAACUUCACAGAACUAGAUGAAGAUUUGGAACAGCCGAAAAAUCUUGACCCUCAACAAGAGUAUGAGGUGAAUAUGGAAUCUUUCCAAGAGUCUAAGAAAAAUUCGGCUGACAUGGUAGAAGAAUAUCGAAAAAUGUUUGCCGACAUACAAAAGACUCCAACACCAGAUGAAAAUAUUCAGCAUAGAAUGGAA